AUGKGGAAAAUUUUCUUGUCAUGGAUAAAGUUGGUUAAACAUGCUGUUUUCAGCUGCGUUAUUUCCCUCCUGGGCUUCUUUGGUCUCACCCUCUGUGGACCUUUGAGGACUUUGCUGCUUUUCGAGCACAGUGACGUUGUGGUCGUCGCUCUGCUCGGCGUUCUCUUCACUAACUCAGGAGGCGGACCGUCCAAGGUCUCUAUUUAUUUUAUUUUUGUUUAUUUUGGAAAACUAGCAGUCAAAAUUAUUCAUUCCCCUGGAAGAUUGAUAUUUUUAAAUGAUUGUUAUUCASCCAACCACUUGAAUUUCAGGAACAUCAACAUGUUCCAAGAUGGAUGUGUGUGUUGUUCCCCCGCCCGCCUGCAGGGCGGCGUGGUUCUGCUGGUGGUGUCGCUCUGCCUGAAGGUCGGUUUCCACACGGCCUCCAGGAAGCUGUCGGUGGAGAUCGGAGGAGCCAAGCGGCUCUACGCGCUCGACAACCUGCUGUCCGCCGCCGUGAUGCUGCCCUGGGCCGCCGUCCUGACCGCCACCACCGAGGUGACGAGCCGGGAGAGUCCUGGUUUCCCGCAGGCCUUCACCUUCGUGGAGCUGUUCUACGGCGUCUGGACCAACAGCCUGGGUUUGAUCUCUGACGGCUUCCACAUGCUGUUCGACUGCUCCGCUCUGGUUCUGGGCCUGUUCGCCGCCCUCAUGACCCGCUGGAAGGCCACCAGGAUCUUCUCCUACGGGUUCGGUCGGGUUGAGAUCCUGUCGGGUUUCAUCAACGGCCUCUUCCUCAUGGUCAUCGCCUUCUUCGUGUUCGUGGAGUCGGUCACCCGCCUGCUGGAUCCUCCCAACAUAAACACCGACAUGCUGACCCCGGUGUCCGUCGGCGGUCUGCUGGUCAACCUGGUGGGAAUCUGUGCCUUUAGCCACGCCCACUCCCACGGCGGGAAAAGCUGCUCCUCCCACGACCACGGACACUCGCAUCAUGGCCACUCCCACGGCGAGCACGSCCACGCCCACAGCGGCCACGGCCACGCCCACUCYAGCCAUGGCCACGCCCACUCCCACGGCUCGGGCAGCAGAGGAAUGAAYGCCAACAUGCGAGGAGUUUUCCUCCACGUCCUGGCCGACACGCUGGGCAGCGUCGGCGUCAUCAUCUCCACCGUCCUCAUCCGGCAGUUCGGCUGGCUCAUCGCCGAUCCCAUUUGCUCGCUCUUCAUCGCCACGCUCAUUUUUCUGAGCGUCAUCCCGCUGCUGAAGGACGCCUGYGAGGUUCUUCUCCUGCGGACUCCUCCGGAACARGAGAAGGAGCUGAACAGCGCGCUGGAGAAGGUUGAGAAGAUUGAAGGAGUUCUGUCGUACAGAGACCCUCACUUCUGGAGGCACUCGGCCAACGUGAUCGCYGGGACCGUCCACCUGCAGGUCAUGUCAGACGUGGUGGAACAGCGGAUCAUCCAGCAGGUGACGGCCAUCUUGAAAGAUGCGGGUGUGAACAAUCUGUCGGUCCAGGUGGAAAAGGAGGCGUACUUCCAGCACAUGUCUGGACUCAGCACCGGCUUCCAGGAUGUUCUGGCAAUGACGCAGCAGAUGGCGUCCAUGAAAUACCCGAACGACGGGACGCUCAUCAUGUAGCGCCGCCUAAAGACUCGAGGAAAAACCCUACAGAUGGACAGUUUGUGUAAUAAAUCUGAAUAUGAUGGUUUCAUAUUCUUGUUCUGAC